UUCACUGAGGUCCAAACAUUUAGGUAUUUUUACAUCACCAAUAUAAAUUAACAAGAAAAAGUUUUGUUUUUAUAUUGAAAAACAAACAUUUUUUUCUUUAAAUUCAAUCAAAUAAAUGAAGAUUAAAGCUAACUUCACUCCUAAACACAGCGUCAAAGCGACAUAACCGUUAAAAAAGAAUGUUUGAAAUUCAACAUUUUAGUCGUGUUUUUCAGCAAGCUUAAAUAUUGUUUGUGUUUUAUGCAAGUUCUGAAUUAUUUCUUCUGUCGUAAAAAUGCAAAUGAAAAAUAAAGAAACAAACGGUGAACAGUUAAACAACAGCCAAGUCGAAGAAGACUUGAAUUUUUCGGAUGAAGAGGGUACCUAUGUGGACGAUAUUUACAUUCCACCACCGCUAAAAUGUAAUGAAAUUGUAAAAUCGCCAACACGUUUAAUUAUCACAAAAAUCGUAAACAACUUCUUCAAAAGUUAUGCUGAAAAUGUGAUUUUGGGGCCUUUCUCUAAGUGUUUUAAUGCCAUCAUUGGACCAAAUGGUAGCGGCAAAAGCAAUGUAAUCGACUCAAUGCUGUUUGUAUUUGGAUAUCGAGCCACUCGCAUGAGGUGCAAAAAAUUGUCAGUGUUGAUUCAUAAUUCUGAACAACAUCGCAAUGUUCCAUCUUGUAACGUUGCUGUUCAUUUUUGUGAAAUCAUAGAUAAGCCAGGAGAAGAGUUUGAAGUUGUUCCAGGGAGUGAAUUUGUAGUUUCAAGAACUGCAAACAGAGAUAACAGUUCUUUCUAUGAGCUUAAUGGACGAAGAGUCCAUUUUAAGGAAAUUGGGAAAUUGUUAAAGGGUCAUGGAAUUGAUAUAGACACCAACAGGUUUCUGAUUUUACAGGGUGAAGUUGAGGAAAUAGCAAUGAUGAAAUGCAAAGGUGCUAAUGAAAAUGAAAUAGGAAUGUUGGAAUAUUUGGAAGAUAUUAUUGGAACUCACAGAUACAAAAAACCCUUGGAGCAAUUAACUGAUAGAAUAGAGUACUUGUCGGAUUUACGUACAGAAAAAGUCAAUAGACUUACAUUAAUUGAAAAACAGUUAGAACAACUCAGAGGACCUAUGGAAGAAGCACUUACUUUCUUAAAAACGGAAAACAAAAUUGUCGUUUGUAAGAAUUUUUUACACCAAAAAGAACUUCAUGAUUUAGAAUCACAAGUAAAAGAGGUCGAAGAGGACAAAACAAAAUUGACACAAAGUCGCGAUGGUUUAAUUGCAAAAUUGAAAGUUAUUUCACAGGAAAAAAGUGAAAAAGAGGCAAUUUUGAAACAAGAAGCUGGAAAAUAUGAAAAGCUACAACACAAAAAAGAUCAACUCAAGGAUGCUUACAAUGCAGCUGAUAAAAAAGAUGCACAACUUCAAGCUGAAAUGACAAAUACUAACAACAAUAGGAAAAAGUUUAAGCAACAAUUGGAAGGGGAAAGAAAGAAACUUAUUAAAUUGGAAAAAGUGCCUGAGGAGAAUGCUCAACUUAUUGUAGAAUGUGAGAAGCGAGAUGCCGAUUUAGCCUCAAAACACGAAAACUUACAAGCAGAGAAGGCAAAAUUAAUGGAAAAUAUAGGCCAUGAAACAAAAGACCUACAAAUUAAAAAAGAAGAGUUUGAAACGAAACUUGGAAAACUGAAAAAAACAGUUGACACAACAAAAAAUGAUUAUGAUUUGGCUUCAACUAGAUUAAAUUUCGCCCGAAGUAGUGAAGAAACAGAACAACAAAAAUUAGAGCAACUUCGUGAAAUGGUCAAAAACAAAGAAGCUUCUAUUAAACAACGUUCCGAAGAGGUGGCACAACUUAAAAGGAAAAUUCCUCUUACUGAAAAAUCGCUUAAUGAUGCCCAAAAUGAAUUAAAUGUUAUUAAAUCCGAACAAAAUCAAAUUGAGAAAGAAAUUACACGUCAAAGAAUGUCUUUAGAGGAAACACGUGCUUCAAUGAACAGUUCUAAAUCACGUGGAAGAAUUUUAGAUGCUUUAAUGCAACAAAAACGUGAAGGAAAAUGUCCGGGAUUGUAUGGACGUCUUGGCGAUUUAGGAGGCAUUGAUAAAAAAUACGACGUGGCAAUUUCGACAGCUUGUGGACCACUAGACAAUAUUGUAGUUGAUACAGCAAACACUGCCGAAUGGUGUAUCAAUUUUCUAAAAACACACGGUAUAGGAAGAGUUACGUUUAUUGCACUAGAUAAGCAGGAACAUUUGAGAGAUCAUGCCAACACUAGAAUUCAAACACCUGAAAACGUCCAUCGCUUAUAUGAUCUCAUUCAAGUGCAAGACGAUACAGUCAAAACUGCUUUUUACUACGCGCUAAGAGAUACUUUAGUUGCGGAUGAUUUGGAUCAAGGCACCAGAAUUGCAUUUGGUGCUCAACGUUUUAGGGUGGUAACUCUGAAUGGAGAAAUUUUGGAACCUUCAGGUACCAUGAGUGGUGGUGGGAGAUCCCAGAUGCGGGGCCGAAUGGGCCGUACCGUCCUCACAUCCACUAUGGAUCCCAAAGAAUUGGAAAAACAGCAAGCAAAUCUUGAGAAAAAAGAAGAAGAAUCAAGACGGUUGAUCCAAAAAGUGACUUCUUUGGAAAAUCAAAUUAGGACAUUAAAACCAGAGUUUGAUGAAAUGAAAAUCAAUUAUACAAAAUUCACAAAGGAUCUUCAGUCGCUGAAUGAGGAACAGCCAACACUUUACCAAAAGUUACGCCAACAAGAAACAACUGUAAAAUCGACUAAAUCAGAUCCUAAAGAAAUUAAAAAAUUGGCGGCAAUUGUUGAACAAAAGAAAGCCGAAUAUGAGAAAGCUCUCAACACUAUUCAAGAGAUUCAAGCCGAAGUCGAUCGCUUAAAUAGUGCAAUUCAAGAAAAAACAAGCGGAAAAUUAGUAGGCGUUGAGAAAAAUAUUGAUGAAACUGUGAAUUUGAUUAACAAGUGUAAAGCGGAAAUUUCUCGACUUAAAGUUGCAAUUUCAACAUCUCAAAGGAAUGUGGAAAAAACGACACAAAAAAUCGCAACUUUGGAACAAAAUAUCGUCGACUGUGAAAACAGAUUAAGAGCGAUGAAGGAAGAGAGGGAACAAAUUGAAGUCGAUGGACAAAAAUUACUCAAAUGUAUUGAAGAUAUUACUGAAAAGUUGACACAAGGCAAAGACGAUAACACAACUUUGAAGGAAGAAGUAACUGCUCUUGUAGCCCAGGAGAAAGAACUGUUACUUAAGAAAGUCGAUAUUGAUCAGGCGUUUAAAGUGAUUAAUAAAAAAAUACAAGAUUUUAAAGUUGCAAUCAAUCAUUUGAACGCAAAGUUGAAGCAAUUGAAAGUACACGACAUUCCUGAAGAGCCAUCUGAACUGAAAACAUACACUGAAGAGGAACUAGAAUCAAUCAACGUCGAAAAAAUGAAUUUAGAAUUGCAUGCAGCCCAAAAUUCGAUAAAAGAUAUGGAGCCGAAUCUCAACGUCAUUGAUGAUUAUCGCACGAGUCAAAACAUUUAUAUGGAGAGGACUAGAGAUCUUGAAGAAGUGACUCGAAGACGAAACGAAGUGAAAAACGUAUUAGAUAGAGUGAAAAAUCAACGUCGGACUGAAUUCAUGGAGGGUUACAACACAAUUCGACUCAAAUUGAAGGAAAUGUACCAGAUGAUAACCCUUGGAGGCGAUGCCGACUUUGAAAUUGUUGAUCCUUGUGAUCCGUUUGCGGAAGGUGUCCAAUUAAAUGUGAGGCCACCACGUAAAUGUUGGAAAGUGAUAUCGAAUUUGUCAGGUGGUGAAAAAACAUUGUCAUCUUUGGCUUUGGUGUUUGCUUUGCAUUACUACAAACCGUCGCCUCUCUAUGUCAUGGAUGAGAUUGAUGCUGCUCUCGAUUUUAAGAAUGUUUCGAUCGUUGCUCAUUAUAUUAAAGAAAGGACAAAGAACGCACAAUUUAUUAUUGUUUCGUUGCGGGAAAGCAUGUUUGAAUUGUGUGAUCUUUUAGUUGGUAUUUACAAAACUUAUAAUUGCACCAAAUCGAUCACAGUUGAUCCCCACGCGUUUGAAAAGGAACGGUAACAACAGAGUUUUUUAUGUUAUUGUUUAGUAUUUGGCUUAAAUAAAGUUUUUCAUUUGUACAAUAAAAA